ACCAGCAGCAAACAAACAUGAGGCUUUUAAAUUUUCUCCUAUUCUCUGAAGUGGUCGUCUCACAGAUGGUUCUGUAUAAUCCUCAGAACAUUGUGAUGGCUGAUGUUGGUGCCACCGCAGUGAUCAGCUGUGUGUCUAAUGCAACAAUAGAAGAUGGAACAUUAAUUUCCUGGUACAAAACAAGCUCCAAACCUGCAAAAAGUCCUAAACGAGUGAAGGCCUGUCAAAAUGAUAAUGAUGCUCAUAAAUAUGGAUGCAAAAACUCUGCCUAUAAGGCAAACCUGGAGAUUUAUAAUGUACAGAUUAUUGAUUCCGGAGUUUAUUUUUGUGCAUAUCAUUAUGUGACUCUGCUAAGAUUUAGUAAUGGGACAGCUCUAAUCAUAAGAGACAAUUCCACAAUGAACAGCUCCAUUCAUCUCCUGGCUUCCCACCAAUCUUCUCUUUUGAAUGCUACCAUGCAGCUGGCUUGUGUAGUCAGUACUCCUCUUUAUACUAUUUCCAUCACCUGGACUGUCUCUGGAACACAUUACAAGGGUAGCAUGGCCUCUGUGGAGGAACCUGGUGGCACAAGGGCAUUUCAGAACCAUCUUACACUCCCCAGAGACACCUGGAACUUUGGAGAUCUUGUGACCUGUGAAGUGUGGGCCAGUUCUUCUUCUAUCACGAUACACUGGAUAAUAAAAGAAAGAGAUGGAUCCAAAGAAGAUUUUACCACAUCAUGUAAAAGUUACCUGGGCUUUGUUCUUUGUGGAGGUCUUCUUCUGCUUUUGGUUCUCACAGUUCAUCUCUUUUGGCAAUACAAGCAAAUAGAUAAAAAAGCUCAAGACGUCACGCACCAAGACAGAGAUUCGGAUGGGAUUGUGUAUGCACAUCUGGAUAUGAGCCGUCUCACUCAAGGGAGAAAGCAGCAGAGAUAGCAACAUUUUGCAUCCUCAGUAUAAAGUGCUCAGCUUUGCAAUUAACAAGCAUUACUGAAAGUGAUUUCUCAAGAAAAACAUUUUUUUUUGCUAUGUUUGCACUUUGCAUCAUUGCACCUUAUUAUAUAAUAAGCCUUUGCUUUUUGAUUAUACCAAAUUUAAAAUGUAAACACUUUUUUACUUUUUAAAUGUUAAACAACAAUGAAUAAAAAUGUAAUAAAAAAAUAUAGGAACCAAAUCUAACCUGCAUGCUAGGAGACAAUUUUAAAUACACUUGUUCAGUAUUGAAAUUCAAGUGCAAUUGCACUGACAAAUCAUCAGAAUCAGGGACUUUAAUGGACAGUUUUCACAUAUGCUGUUUUAUCUUGUAUCUUUGGCUUACUAGACUUGUAUUUUGUUUCUAC